AUGGCAGGCGCUAAAAGUGAGGAAAUACAGGUAUCAGGAAGGAAGGAGGGUCGCAGAAUUCUCUUCCCCAUUGAUAACAGCGAAAACUGCGUACGGGCCUUCCGCUGGUAUCUGCGAUACGUCAAAAAGCCCGGGGACUUCAUUGUAUUCAUUCAUGUUGUGGAGCCUGCCUACUCGGCUGCUCCGGUUAGAAUCUCAUCUGAGUUUCCACCUCAGAUUCUCGGGGACCUUCCUGGUGCAGUCGAGGAGAUCAUAAAGAAGGGCAAGGCCCUCGGAACAAAGUACAUGGAUUUGGCAAAUAAGGCAGAUCUGGGCUCGAGCGCCUUCCUUCAUAUGGAAACAAAGCCUGGCCGAGCGAUUCUCACCUCGGCUAAGAAGCACUCUGUCGACAUGAUUGUAAUGGGUUCUGGUGGCCAAGGCUUCUUCAGUCGCGUUUUUCUGGGUUCUGUCAGUGACUACGUCGUACACAACUCAACAAUUCCUGUUGUUAUCGUACAUACAGAAAAGGACUGA